AAAUAUUUGCUCAGUGGCGUAGCAGUCUGCAGCCUCUGAGAAUACGCCCUGGUAGCAGGCAGAAAUCCAUUCUUUAUAAAAGACAAACUAGAAGAUUUAGUGGCUCUAAAAUGAGCAGCCCAGCUGAGGACGACAAAAGAUAUGACCCCAGGGAUACAACGUUCAGUUUUGUCGACAGACCUGAUGACCUGGAUCCUCUGUUCGAUGAAGAUGAAGAUCAGGGUCUCCGAGCUGAGAUGUCCUGCGGUCAUGCCGUCACCCCACAAUCUCUGACUGGGUGGUGUCGCAGUCUGCUGGAUCAGGGCCAGUACAAGUUUAGGUGUCCGGCUAUAGAUGAGGAAACACAGGAGAAAUGUGGUGCUCAGUGGUCUUACCGAGAGGUGCGACGUCUGGCAGACCUGAGUGUGGAAGAAAUGAACUACUUUGAAGAGAACAUUGCUCGCCUGGCUGCUGCGGAGUAUCAGGAAUUUAGAGCAUGUCCUGGGUGUAAGACCUAUAUUGAAAGAAAGAACCUGACUAACCUCUGCGUGCAGUGCUUAGUAUGUGCUGCAGACAAGAAGAAAGUGUUCCAGUUCUGCUGGCAGUGCUCAAAGCCUUGGAAAGGCCCAGCUCCUCGCUCUGAUCGCUGUGGCAAUGAUGGCUGCAUCAACCGUGACCUGGAACUACUCAGGACCUGCAAGACCACCACCCUGCUUGAGGUUCAGGGGGUCGAUGCCUGUCCCUCCAUCCGGGCCUGUCCCACCUGUGGAAAUAGGGUGGAGCAUGACAACACAGGCUGCAAGAACAUCAUCUGUCCUCGCUGCCAGGUGGAGUUCUGCUUUGUGUGUCUAAAGCUCACUCCUGAGUGUCUGGAGACCAGUACCCACUUCAUGCCCUGUAGUGAUGGUGUGGCUCCCAGACAGACAUCCAUACCUGUGUGGCGCAGGAAGUAAAACUGCUGCCAGUUUACCUCUCCGAAUAGGAACUUGGUGGUUAUUGUAAAUUAAGCAUGUUAUUCUUACCUUUGUUCACGUUCAAUAACUGUAAAACUCAAUAUUUAGCAUUAUAUAUUUGAACAAUUAUUACUCGUGUGUAAUAUUUGCUUCUGCUAUGUUGAAACAUAUUGUUCUUUUGCCUAUCUAAAAAUGUUUUUAAAUAAAUUAUUUUACAUCUGACUGCAGCGCCACUAUCACAGAUUUUUGUUUCCACUCACCAGGACCAUUCCACAAAGAAAUGAGAUUGAAGAUUUUCUAAAGUAAUAGCUUGAGGGGUUGGGUGGGUUGGGUAUGAGGACUGGGAAGACUUGCUGAUGAAGGCCUUGGGAAGAGACUCAGCAGAGGGUGCAGUCAUUAGAAAAUAGCUUUACCCAAACCCACUUAGAACCACCCCAAUGCAACCUGAAAGAAAGAGGAGAGGAGGCAGAUGACGAAUAAAGGAAUAGUGUCAAACACUAGAAGAUGGAUGGACUAGGAAGUAGACUGCUGGAUCAUAGCAGGUAUAGCUGAGGUGUAGCCUCAGCUCCUAGGCUUGAAUUAACAUGUCCAUUUAAUUGUGUAUUUAACAUCCCUUGUCUUGUUUCAGUAGUAAGUUGUGAAUUAAAUUAACAAUAUAACCAAAUAUAUUUGACUAAAGGCUGAUUUAUACUCAGAAACCAGGUCGUCUGCGUUUGUGUCGCAGUGAAUGCAAAUGUUCCCCCGUCCCCUCUGCAGACACUCUGGUGC